AUGACCUCGGGUAUAGCAAUCGGAACCAGUUUUGUGAUUACAAAAAAGGGAUUAAUUCAAGCAGAGGAAAGACUUGGCUUUGAAGGCGAUGGCUUCGUCUACCUCAAGAACCCGCUAUGGUGGUCGGGUAUUACUUGCUUGGUGAUCGGAGAGGUUUUCAACUUUGGAGCAUAUGCCUUCGCGCCGGCCAUCCUCGUCACUCCCCUCGGCGCUCUGGCAGUAUUGGUUGGAGCCGUGCUGGGGUCUUACUUCCUCGAUGAAGAGCUGGGGACGCUGGGAAGGCUAGGGAGCGCCAUCUGCUUGAUCGGAGCCGUCAUCAUUGUUCUGCAUGCUCCCCCCGAUGAGCCGAUCGAGACCAUUGAUCAGAUUCUCAACCUCGCCAUCCAACCAGGGUUCCUGCUCUAUUCUCUCUUUGUCUGCGUGUUCGCGGCUAUCAUGAUCUACAGGGUCGCGCCCCUUCAUGGCAGGAAAAACCCACUCAUCUACGUGAGUAUUUGCUCUACCGUGGGCUCCGUUUCGGUCAUGGCUGUCAAGGCAUUCGGAAUCGCCUUGAAAUUGACAUUUGCUGGCAACAACCAAUUCACCCACCCCUCGACCUACGUCUUCAUGAUUGUCACCAUUGUGUGCAUUUUAACGCAAAUGAACUACUUCAACAAGGCGCUCAGCCAAUUCCCCACCAACAUUGUGAAUCCUCUGUACUAUGUUACAUUCACGACGGCAACUUUAUGCGCUUCUUUCAUCCUCUUUGGCGGCUUCAACACCUCUGAUGUCGUCACUACGCUCUCUCUGCUCUGCGGUUUCUUGGUCACCUUUACUGGGGUCUACCUGUUGAAUCUCAGCCGCUACGAUCCACACGGCACCAAGUCACUUGCUCGGCGCAAUGGCGGCGACUCGACGGGGACUGACAUGAUCUCGAGCCUCCAGACGCGCAUGAGCAUGGAAGCACGGCGGUCUCUGGGCCGCAUGAGCAUCGGGAGUAACCGCGGGGGCGACCGCGACGGUCUGAUUAGGGCUUACGACGAGGAGGAGGCUGCCGGCUUCGGCCUCACAGAUCUCGCCGAAGACACUGACGAGGACGAUCCGCGGUCGCCAAUGAUGCCCACCCACCCACAGGCCAACGGCACUGCGAACGGGAAUCACGUCGCCGCCAAGGCGUUCAACGAGCCGAUAGAACUGCAAACAAGGAAACCCGGGGAUAGGUGA